AUGAGUGGUUUAGUGUCUCUUCAGGGCUCAUCUGGAUCCACCACUGCAUUUACUAGUGGUUCUGGACAAAUUGUAUUUGCACAAGGGAAACCUGACAGCUUUUCUUCCAACGCUGCAGUUUCUGGCCAGUCUGCUUAUGACCAGAGCUCCCCUAGUCUGUCUAAUUCAGCGUCUCCAGGUACCACCUAUGGUGUAAUUACUCAGGCUCAAGGUACAAGUCAGUUUGCUCUAGGGUCUUCCCCAUAUGCAACCAUAUCAUCGCCCAAAUAUGUUAGCCAGUUGACAACUGGACCAAGUUCAAAGCCAUUUAUGUCGGUGUAUGGCACCAAGACUUUAUCCUCUGCUCCUUUCACCUUGCAAGGAAGUGCCACAUACGGUGGACCAAUUCAAACGCAAGAGACCACAAGUCAGUUUGUUUCAGGAUCUACAUCCCCGUAUGUAGCUAUAUCCUUGCCCCAAGAUGUUCCUAGUCAGUCAGCUGUGCCAAGUUCAAAGCAGAUAACCUCUGUCUAUAGCACCCAGACAGGAUCCUCUGCCCCUUUCACUCUGCAGAGAUUAGUCCAAGCUCCAGAUACAAGCACUGUUUCAGGAUCUUUAACCCCAUCUGUAGCCGUAUCAUUGUCCCAAGGUGUUCCUAGCCAGUCAGCUGUUCCAAGUUCAAAGAAGACCAUUACCUCAGUCUAUAGAACUCAAACAGGUUCCUCUGCUCCUUACACUUUCCAAGAAAGCACCACAUAUGGUGGACUGAUCCAGGCUCAAGAUGCAAGCCAGUUUGUUUCGGGAUCUUCAACCCCAUAUGUAGCUUUGUCCAUGCCCCAAGGUGUUACUAGUCAAUCAGCUGUGCCAAGUUCAAAGCAGAUAACCUCUGUCUAUAGCACUCAAACUGGGUCCUCCACUCCUUUCACUCUGCAAGAACUACUCCAGGGUCAAGAUUCAACAAGCCAGGUUGUCUCUGUAUCUUCAACCCCCAAUGUAGCUGUAUCAUUGCCCCAAGUUUUUACAAGUCAGUCGACUACUGUGCCAAGUUCUAAGAAGCCAAUUACCUCUGUUUAUAGCACCAAGGCAGGAUCCUCUGCUCCUUUUACUUUGCAGAGGUUAGUCCAGGCUCCAGAUGCAACAAGCAAGGUUGUUUCAGGACCUUUAACCCCAUCUGUAGACCUAUCAUUUAUCCAAGGUGUUCCUAGUCAGUCCGCGGUACAAAGUUCAAACCUACUCCAGGGUCAAGGUUCAACAAGCAAGGUGGUUUCAGUAUCUUCAACCCCUUAUGUCUCUGUAUCAUUGCCCCAAGUUGUUACCAGUCAAUCAGCUGUGCCAAGUUCAAAGCAGAUUACCUCUAUCUAUGACACACAGACAGGAUUAUCUGCUCCUUUCACUUUGCAAGGAGGCACCACAUACAGUGGACUAAUCCAGGCUCAAGAUUCAGCAAGCCAGGUUGUUUCAGGAUCUUCAUCCCCAUAUGUAGCUGUAUCAUUGCCCCAAGUUGUUACUAGCCAGUCGACUACUGUGCCAAGUUCAAAGAAGCCAAUUGCUUCUGUCUUUGGCACUCAGACUGGGUCUUCUCCUUUCACUUUGCAAGGACUGCUCCAGGGCCAAGAAUCAACAAGCAAGGUGGUUUCAGGAUCUUCAGCCCCAUCUAUAGCUGUAUCACUGACCCAAGGUGUUACCAGCCAAUCAGCUGUACCAAGUUCAGAGCAGAUUACCACUCUCUAUAGCACUCAAACCGGAUCCUCUGCUCCUUUCACUUUCCAAGAAGGCACCACUUAUGGUGGACUGAUCCAGGCUUCAGAUACAACAAGCCAGUUUGUUUCAGGGUCUUCAACCCCUUAUGUAUCUGUGUCCUUGCCCCAAGGUGUUACUAGUCAAUCAGCUGUGCCAAGUUCAAAGCAGAUAACCUCUGUCUAUAGCACUCAGACAGGAUUAUCUGCUCCUUUCACUUUGCAAGGAGGCACCACAUACAGUGGACUAAUCCAGGCUCAAGAUUCAGCAAGCCAGGUUGUUUCAGGAUCUUCAUCCCCAUAUGUAGCUGUAUCAUUGCCCCAAGUUCUUACUAGCCAGUCGACUACUGUGCCAAGUUCAAAGAAGCCAAUUGCCUCUGUCUAUGACACACAGACUGGGUCUUCUGCUCCCUUCACUUUGCAAGGACUACUCCAGGGUCAAGAAUCAACAAGCAAGGUUGUUUCAGUUUCUUCCCCAUAUGUAGCCGUAUCACGGCCCCAAAGUAUUACCAGUCAGACAACUCUGCCGAGUUCAAAGCAGAUUACCACCGUUUAUGGCACUCAGACUGGCUCUUCUGCUCCCUUCACUUUGCAAGGACCACUCCAGGGUCAAGCUUCAACACGCCAGGUUGUUUCAGGGUCUUCAACCCCAUAUGUAGCUGUAUCAUUGCCCCAAAGUGUUAUUAGCCAGUCAAUGAGCAUGCCAAGUUCGAAGCAGGUAACUUCUGUCUAUAGCACCCAGACAGGAUCCUCUCCCACUUUGAAUUUGCAAGGACUACUCCAGCCUCAAGAUUCCACAGAUCAGUUUUCUACAGGAUCUUCAUCCAUCCUUCAGACCUCAACCACCGACACUUCUAAUCCUUCCAACAGCUUUUCCACCUUAAGACGUUACUACUCUGUCAAGGGCUAGGAGACAGUUAAACUGCCAUGUUUCAAUGUCUGUUUGCUACUGCUUUUCAAUAAAAUUAAGUUAAAUUUACAA